GUGGAGGAUGAAGCCCGCCAUCAGCACCGUGCUGUGCCUGGGGACCCUGGGGCUGUGUCUGGCUGUCCCUGAGAACACUGUGCGAUGGUGCACCACCUCAACUCCUGAGUUCACUAAGUGCACCACGUUCCGCGACAGUAUGAGAAAAGUCCUUUCCGCGGCUGGCCCUCUUGUUGAUUGUGUGAAGAGAACCUCCUACUUUGAGUGCAUCAAGGCCAUCGCGGCAAACGAAGCAGAUGCUGUGACCCUGGAUGCAGGUUUGGUGUAUGAGGCCGGCCUGGCCCCCUACAACCUGAAACCUGUAGUGGCAGAGAACUAUGGGUCAAAAGACAAUCCACAGACCAGCUAUUAUGCUGUGGCCGUGGUGAAAAAGGGCAGUGGCUUCCAGCUGAAUGAACUCCGAGGCAAGAAGUCCUGCCACACAGGCCUUGGCAGGUCCGCUGGGUGGAAAGUCCCCAUGGGCUUACUCUAUAAGGAACUGACUGAACCACAUGACUCUCUUCAGAAAGCAGCGUCCAAUUUCUUCGAAGCCAGCUGUGUCCCCUGUGCGGAUUGGACAGCCUUCCCCAAACUGUGCCAGCUAUGUGCGGGGAAGGGGACAGACAAGUGUGCCUGCUCCAACCACGAACCCUACUUUGGCUACUCGGGUGCCCUCAAGUGUCUGCAGGCUGGCGUGGGGGACGUGGGCUUCAUGAGACAUAUGACCGCAUUUGAGAACCUGGCAGACCAGGCUGAGAGGGACCAGUAUGAGCUGCUCUGCAGGGACAACACCCGGAAGCCAGUGGACAAAUAUGAGGAGUGCCACCUGACCAUUGUCCCCUCCCAUGCCGUUGUGGCCCGAAGUGUGGGCGGCAAGGAGGACUUGAUCUGGGAGCUUCUCAACCAGGCCCAGGAAUAUUUUGGAAAAGAUAAGUCAACAGAAUUCCAGCUCUUUGGCUCUUCUCAUGGGAAGGACCUGCUGUUUACAGACGCCACCCAUGGGUUUUUAAGAAUCCCACCCAAGAUGGAUGCCAAGCUGUACCUGGGAUAUGAGCAUUUAGCUGCCACUCAGUCUCUCAGGAGAGGUGUGGAAGGCCCUCAGGGGGUGCAGUGGUGCGCAGUGGGCCUCCACGAGAGGGCCAAGUGUGACGAAUGGAGUGCCGUGAGCGGUGGCAUCUUAAGUUGCACCAUGAAGGAGACCACUGAGGACUGUGUUGCUGCCAUUGUGAAAGGAGAAGCUGAUGCCAUGAGCUUAGAUGGAGGAUUUACCUACACGGCGGGCAAGUGUGGUCUGGUGCCUGUCCUGGCAGAGAACUACAUGCCUACAGAUGGCAAUGAGCAGCUUGGGUCUAAGUGUGUGAAUACACUCAUGGAAGGUUACUACGCUGUGGCAGUGGUUAAGAAGUCAGAUGCCGACCUCACCUGGAACUCUCUGCGAGGCAAGAAGUCCUGCCACACUGCAGUUGGCACUUCUGCAGGCUGGAACAUCCCCAUGGGCUUAAUAUACAACCAAACUGGGUCCUGUAAAUUUGAUGAAUUCUUCAGUCAAAGCUGUGCCCCUGGGUCUGGUCCAGAAUCCAGCCUCUGUGCUCUGUGCGGCGGCGGCAGCGAUCCAGCCCACACGUGCGCUCCCAACAGCCACGAGAAAUACUUCGGCUCCAGUGGGGCACUCAGGUGUCUAGUUGAGAAGGGAGACGUGGCCUUUGUGGAGCACCCCACAGUCCUGCAGAACACAGACGGAAAAAACCCUGAAGACUGGGCUAAAGAUCUGAAGCAGAAAGACUUUGAGCUGCUGUGCCUUGAUGAUACCAGAAAGCCUGUGACCGAGGCUCAGAACUGCCACCUAGCCAGAGUCCCAAAUCAUGCUGUGGUCUCAAGGGAAGAUAAGGCAAACUUUGUUCGCAGGAUGCUCUUCAACCAACAGGAGCUCUAUGGAAGAAAUGGGUUUGAAUAUAUGAUGUUCCAGUUGUUCAAAUCCUCAACCAAGGACCUGCUCUUCAGUGAUAACACGGAAUGUUUGGCUAACCUUCAGGACAAAACAACUUAUCAGAAAUACUUAGGGCCAGAGUAUCUUGCGGCUAUUGCUAACGUGAGAAGAUGCUUACCCUCUGGACUUCUCGACGCCUGCACAUUCCAUGGAAGUUGAAAACUGAUCCAAGUGGGCAGCUGCAGAGAUGCUCAGAGCCUGGAAAUAUGAUGGGGCCACAUUCUCACUUGUCUGCAUGUGGGUCUGUGUUAACAUCAGUUAUCUUUAUAAUUGUGUGC